AUUGCAUUGCAUUCCCUCUGAUCAGGGCAGCCGCUGAUAAGUUGAAAAUAAGCAAGCAAAGCUGCAGACAGACACAAAAUAUCAGCUCAGAUCAUAAUUUUCCAUGCCGUUGGUCGUUGCUGUGAAAGACUUAUGAAACCUCGAAUCCCCUGCCAAUAGAUGUACCCAUUGUUACCUCUGUGAAGACUGUGAUUAUGACGAAGGAAUUUGGAGAAGAAAUGUUGGAACUUUAUGUCGGCAGUCAUCUAACAGAGAUGUUCAGUCCUGCAGACGUGAAUAUCAGUAACCAAUUGGGAAACCAAACACUUUUUUUUUAAGGGAAAAGGAACUUUGGUUGCUCAGGAAUCUCAUGGAUGUAAGGCAGAAACUCAAUUUGAUCUGAUUUUUUUUCUUCUCUAUGUUUCAGCAAGCCGCAGGUGACGGUCCAUGGAGCCUGACAGGCUAAAUUCUCCAGAUACUUCAGCAAUUUUAUUUGAAGUUCUUGGCCACCAACUUCAAUUUUCUCAGGAUCCCAAUUCCAAGCAUUUAGGGACCACAGUGUGGGAUGCAUCAAUGGUAUUCGCAAAAUUUCUGGAGAAAAAUUGUAGAAGGGGAAGGUUUUCCCCAUCUAAACUGAGAGGAAAACGCGUUGUUGAACUUGGGGCAGGCUGUGGAGUUGCAGGGUUUGGCAUGGCAUUACUUGGAUGUGAUGUCACUUCAACUGAUCAAACUGAGGUUCUACCAUUGCUUAUCAGAAAUGUUGAACGCAAUACUUCUAGUAUAGUGCAGAUGAAUUCUGGAUUAGAUUCCUUUGGCUCCAUCCGGGUGGCAGAGCUGAACUGGGGUAAUGAAGAUCAUAUAAAGGCUGUUGAUCCGCCAUUCGACUACAUCAUUGGCACUGAUGUUGUUUAUGCGGAGCAUCUCUUGGAGCCACUUUUACAAACUAUCCUUGCGUUGUCUGGACCAAAAACCACAAUUUUGUUGGGAUAUGAAAUUCGUUCGACAAAUGUCCAUGAAAGAAUGAUGGAAAUGUGGAAGGGAAAUUUUGAGGUGAAAAUUGUCCCUAGAGCAAAGAUGGACAAUAAGUACCAACACCCAAGUAUACAACUUUACAUUAUGAACCUAAAGCCUUUAGAAAGAACAAAAAUCACAAGAGAAUGUGUUGAUCAACCAAUUGAAGAGGUUGAAACUGGACCAAUUAAAAAUGGAUCCGAUGAAGAUUGCGACGCUAGUUGUGGAGUUGAUGAGGUGACUGAGGUUGAAGAUGAAAAUGCCAGUGGACGCAUAGUCCCAGUUCCCGAUCUCCAGGAUAAAAAGCUUAGUGAAUGGGAAGCAAGAAGAUAUGGUGCUGGCUGCUCGGCUGCUUCGCGAUAUCAAAUAUCAUAGAAGAUCUGAGGCAGCACCUCAAAUGGCGUGUCUUUUUUCCUUCAUUAGACUGCUAAAGCAAUGAAGAAAGAAUGGAGCUCCAAUAGAUUAUUGAAUUGUGACACUGGACCUUGUUCCGGCUACCAUAUCUGGAUUACCUCCAACACAAGGCCAUUAGAUUUGCUUCUGCAACUGGAAAAGUUUCUGCAAUUACUUGCCAUUAUCAAUGAACAGGCCUAAGCAAAUUGGAUUCCUCAUCCUUGUGACGAUGCUUCACCAUUUGUCAAUCAUCUGUAGGUUGCAUCUACCUCAAUGUUCAAUAUAUGGUGAAAAAAGAGAGUUUGGAAUGCUUACUUAUUAUGGCUGCUAAUGCUUGAUGAGUAUAUGAUCUUAUUCCUGUAAAUGCUACAUUUACAGUUAUCAAAACUUCCUUUCGUUUAAACUUACUGUUAUUUUACCUG